CUGGUCAAGAUUAUAACAACUGAAAAUUAAGGAAAAAUUAGAUUUGUUUAAAAAAAAGUGGGCGCAAGAAAUGUUCAAAACAAAAUGGGGAGUAAUAAAACCGAAAAAUUUAAAUGAAGUAUUAAGAAAUGGCAACAUUUUUCCUCAGAUGUGGAUACAGCAACAACUGUGUCAUAACCCAUCGACAGUGACCGACUCAGCCACAGAAGCCUCGCCUUCGUCAUGGGAUCAAGCAAAAUCCUUCAAAAAUAUACCUUCCAUGGGUCCUUUGAAGUUGCUUCUGCAAUUUUUUCCUGGAGGAAAAUAUGCCAAUCUAGAUACCUCACAGCUGGUGCUGGCUAUUAAAAGGGACAUGGGUCCUAUUUGUCGUCUAAGUGGCCUCUUUGGCAAGCCUGGAAUGAUAAUGACUCACAAUCCUAAUGAUUUUAAAACCAUUUUACGCAAUGAAGGCAUUUGGCCCGAAAGACCAAAUUUAGAAGGUUUACAUUACUAUCGAACGGUGCAUCGAAAAGAUUUCUUGGAGGGUGUGGAAGGUCUAUUAGCGUCACAAGGCGAAAACUGGGGAACAUUUCGCUCGACUGUAAACCCCAUCAUAAUGCAGCCAAAAAACUCUAAACUAUAUAUCCAAAGAAUGUCGGCAGUUAAUAAGGAAUUUAUGGAAAGAAUACGUGAAAUCCGUAGCCCAGUAAAUGAAGAAGUUCCCCACACAUUCGAACAGGAGAUCAAUCAUUGGACUUUGGAGACAAUUUGCCUAGUAAUACUAGACAAAAAGUUAAAUUUAAUCAAUGGCCAAGGCGUUAAUCCUAUGGCUGAUCAACUUCUGAAAUCCCUCAACGAUGCCAUAUCCUAUUCGCUGGAUGUUGAGAGAAAGCCCUCUCUUUGGGUCUAUUACAAAACACCGACGUUUAACAAACUCAUGAAGACGUUCGAUACGGUCACCGAUAUAGUAAUGGGUUAUGUGGAAGAAGUUGUUAAACGUUUAGAGGAAGAUCGUCAAAAGAACAUUCCUGAGAAGUCAGAGGAUGAUAAAAGCAUUAUAGAGAAAUUAAUAAAAACUGAUAAGAAAAUUGCAGUCAUAAUGACCAUGGAUAUGCUAUUGGCAGGGUUGGAUACGACCACCUCCAUGUUUACCGGCCUUCUAUUGUGUUUGGCCAAAAAUCCUGAAAAGCAACAACUACUACGUCAAGAAGUUAUGCAGCUUUUACCACAAAAAGAUUCUGAAUUUGAUGAAAAACUCUUUAAAAAUAUGCCUUAUCUGAGGGCCUGCAUUAAGGAAUCUUUACGCCUUUAUCCUGUGUCCAAUGGCAGCACUCGACAUCCCAAUGAAAAUGUCAUUCUAAGUGGCUAUCGUGUGCCCAAAGGAGUACAAGUUAAUAUGGUUUUCAGUUCUUUGCUGAAAGAUGAUAGUCUAUAUGCUAGAGCUCAAGAAUAUUUACCAGAACGUUGGUUGAGAUCUGCGAAAAAGGAUGAGGAACUUCAAAAGGAAUGUCCACUGCAUGCUUUCAAAGGCAGAUCUUCUUUUGUCUAUUUGCCCUUUGGUUUUGGUACACGCAGCUGCAUUGGCAGACGCAUAGCAGAAAUGUCAGUGGAAAUGGCUGUUGCUCGUCUCAUACGCAAAUUUUAUGUGGAGUUCCAUUAUUCCACAGAGAAUGCCUUUAAGAGUCUGUUGUUUAAUGUUCCCAAUAUACCAUUAAAAUUUCAAUUUAGCGAUGUGGAAAAAUAG